CAAUCAUUAUCGAGCUGCAGGUUCUAGGAAGUUUCCUCUGACAUCUAAGAUGAUUAAUCAUUCUAUAAAUAAGGGGGAUCGGAUUCUUUUUUAAUUUCCUCUGAUCCAGCAAUUGCAACGGAAUGGAGAAGGAGAAGGUGGGCGAUUCUCACUCGUCUUCAGAUCCCGUUUCGCCAACUAGUAACGAGAUGAUGAAGGAGCCUCCGCGGAGACUCGGCAUAGGUACUCCAGAAAUCUGUUUCGAAAAGAUAAAAAGUGUCUUAGAAAAGCUUAAAGGGGUAUUAUCUCUUUUAUUUAUUGGAUUAUCUCUCUUGUUUUCAACAUCCUAUCGGGCGAUAAUGGGAAUGGUGAUGAUCAUGAGUUACCUUCAUACUCAGAAGUAUACAAUGGAGUUAGAAAAUGAGAGGGGCGAUGCCAUCAACGAUGCAAUCAAGUCAAUUACUGAACUUGAUGCAAUUAAGUCAAUAAUUGAUAAUGAUGAUGGAUCAUCAAACUUUAGGAUCCCUGAUAUAUUGAUUCCCGAAGUCGUUGCUCGGCAUACGGAAGUACUCUAUCAUGGUGAAAAAGAAUCAGAGUUCGGAAAUUACCACAAUGGAAGAGAUAGGACAGUAAUGGCCAUGGAUUGCAUUCAGAGUAAAACGUCACAAGUGCCGAUGUUGCAAGAAAUUGCGUCACGAGUGCCAGAAGUUGCUGAUACGAAAAUCACAAUGGAGCAUAGUAAAAAUAGUCGGUGGUGGUGGUGGUGGUAGUAAUGGUGGAGUUAGAAAUAAAAUAAAUAUUUAAAAUUAAUUUUUAACAUUAAAAGUUAUGUAUGAAGUUUUUUUAAUUGUAAUUUUUGGUGGAGUUAUGGUCAGAGCCGCCCUGGAUAGGUCCAUCAAGAUUAGGGGUGUAAAUGAAAUAAAUCGAACUGAAUAUGUUGAAAAAUUUAAGGUUCAAAUUCAGCUCGAAAUAGGUAUAUUUGAGUUCGAGUUCUAUUCGAAGUUCGAAAAAUUUAAAAUUUUGUGUUCGAGUUCGGUUCGAAUUAGGCUCGAGUUUGAGUUCCGUUUAAAAGAUU